GAGCGAAUCAUUUCUCCGACUACAAUGGGCUAUAGAUUCUAGCUUUAUAAAGAUAAAAGCCAAUACAGAUGAAGAUUUGCAGAAUAUAACAAUGAAGCAAUUAAGGAGUAAUGCUCAUCAACUAGCACUUGAUCGUACAUUAUCCGAUAUCAUAUUCUUUUCCUUGAUCGCAGUCACUUUCAUUGCCCCCAUAUUUUCUUUCACACAAAUCAUGCUGCGAAUGAACGAAGACAAAACAACAGGAAUACAGGAGAUCUCUGAGAUGGCUGGCGCAUCAUCACUGAUGAUUUGUCUAUCGCAGUUAGUGAAUUCAUUCCCACCGUCGCUAAUGAUGGGUGUGGGCAGUAGCAUAGUGUGCAAGCUGCUGGACAUCGAGGCAAAUCCUUUCAUCACGUUCAUCGGCUGGUUCCUGCACUACAUGACAGUGAUCGCAUUCGCUUUUGCCCUCAGUUACAUCACCAAAACCAUUUGGUACACAGUGUCUAUAUCAAUGUUUGCGUAUCUCACCACGUGGUUCCCUGCCAUCCUCAUUGAAGUUGGAAGCUUUACUAUAAUAGGAUUGAUCCUAAAAGGAUUGCUGCCUCACGCUCCAUUCAUAUGGUUUAUUCAUCAGAUAUUCGUAGCUAGUGAAUUAGGUAAUACUUUUCAUGUCUGUUCCAUUCAAUCACAUCCAUAA